AUGAAUUCCCCGAUAGUUUACACCCAGUAUGGCCUGGCACUCUUCCAUCUGGUGCUCCAUUGGGCGCCGUCCUGGAGUGGGAUGGCAUGGAUGGACCCGCGCCCUUCAGCUUUGAUGCCGACGAUGGGGCAGGUGUCUUGCCAGACGCUUUUGCGUCUCAUAAGUGGCAUCGUGGGCCUGACAUACGGGUCUGUGGGGAUGGUCUUGUGGAGUGGAGUUGGCGAUGCAGCUCUCUCCUCGCACACCGCCUACACCCUCUACAUCGGUGCCAAUGCCAUGGCAGCAUUCCUCGUCCUGCAAAGGGUCCGGCUUUAUGAUCAAAAGAUCACAACACUGAGGGUCUUGAUCGUGAUCAAUUUGAUCACGCUGCGCACUAUCGAUCAGCAAUGGUGGUUGCUAGUCACAGCCCCUUCAUUGAACCUCCUUCUGGGAAGUUGCAUUCUCAUGAUGACCGCAACUCUGGCAGUGUGCGGGAAGAUGGGAGAUCGCAGUGACUCCGGACUGGAUGCUGUUGUUGGUGCUGUUGUUGGUGCUGUUGUCUGGAUUCUCAGCCUGCAGCUGCAACCGCUGCCUAUCGACCCCGAAGACUACAUCCGGUCCACCCUCAUGGUCGUGAUCGUGGCGGUGUGGUCACCGUGCGCAUGUUUGAAACCUCUCGUCAUGCUAGUUUGGUCCAUGUAUUGUCUUAGAUACGUCCUGUGGGAUGUUCAAUCGCCGUUUUGGGGUCCAUUGUUGCCCGAUUCGAUGGUGGCGGCCCUUCAAAAGCGAUCUUCAGACACAGUGUGGCAAAUUGUUGUUACGAUUGCAUGUACGCUGGUUAGCACAAUCAGUGCGGGGGUCUUUGCUUGGUAUGGACGCCAGCAAAUUGGGAUUACUAUCCGCAGAAUCGGGUCCGGGUUUGGCCGCGAUAAUCGUACAUCUCCAGAUGGCGACUCAAGUCCAGGAAGGCUCGAAGGAGGACUGGGAUCACGAGAAUCUGAGAACGAUGUUGCUCCGUCUGGCGACCUAGAGCACAGUGGCCGUCCCCCACCAAGUCCAAAUAUACUUGGGAGAGUAUGGAAGAACGUCGCCAAAGUCCCCAGUCAACUAUUUGCCAAAGCCAGCACCGUCCUGCAACAGAUACGGAGACCACCAAGGGAUGACGAUGACAUUGCUCUACCUGACCUAGAGCGCGGUGAGGGUGUACCCGAUAACGAGGGCCGAGCCGGUGGGUACACAAACCGUAGCCCCCUAUCGCCGGGAAACGAUAAUGUGAGCGGAGCCGCACGUGAUGCCGCUAUCACGGCUGGAGAGAAUCAGGUCGACCUAGCUUCCUCCCAGGCAAGUUUACCGGCGGAGAUAGACCGAGGAGACGGCGAUGAGUCCUUUAAAGUGGUUAAUGAGAUCGAACGUAUCGUCGGUGGUGAGGAAGGUGCUACUAAGAGUAGUGCCAGCGGCCAGUCCGCAUCGCAGAAACCCACGACAGAGAUCCGGCAACAUCUCGACCCGCGCGUGGAUUCUGAUGGGGGCAUUCAGGGGACUGAUCAAUGUGUCCGAGUGUUGCGUCCUACUGCGACUUGGUCUUGAAGGCGAAACUGGCAAUGGUAGGCAAGCUGGAACUCAUUCCGAUCGAUGAUUGUAGAGUUUGCGGUGCAGU